UCCUGGGACAUAGUUGAGGACGACGUCUUCAGGCACGGAUCAUCUGAGAGGUUGUUCUCUGUGUGUUGUGUACUGGACGUUAGUACUGUGUCAAGUACUUCACGACCGUACUCUAUGUCUUGAACUGGAGGACCGCUGUUUAAUGCAGUGUACUGGACAAAGCACACCUAGUAUCGCGUUCCCUGUGGGUUCUACAAGCCCAGCGAUAGGCAGCUCGUGGUUCUCUCCCUUGCAACAACUGUAUGUAGAACAAAGACAGCACAAACAUUAUAUAUUGAGGUCCCUAUAACCAGUAUCACUGAAGUAGAGUAGUGCGCUCCCCGGGACAUAGACAUGUAUAGCAUUCAACGACACAGCGCAGAGAUACUUAAGGCCCAGGGUAUAGCCUCCACCGAGUCAAUGGCGAGUGCUUCCCUUGUGUCAACUGUGUGCAGAAUUAAGCAGUACAGCAAAGAAGCAUUUAAGACCAAAGACUACACUGAGGCGCUGGUGCAGGCAGUAAGGGACGGAGACCUUUUUAGGGUGUUGGAGGCAAUCCGAUCCGGAGGGGACGUGAACGCCACCCUUCCCCGGGAUGACCGAGAAUUCCCCGCUGCUUCGCUGAUGGCUCUGGCCGCCGCCAAGGGCCAUACUCAUAUUGUGACUUGUCUCCUGGACGCUGGUCUGGACGUGAACAACAGAGGAGACUUCCCCUGCCCCCCACUCCAGUUGGCUGCACGCUUUGGUCAUGACAAAACUGUGGCAGCCUUACUGGCUGCUCGGCCUGACAUCAACGCUGGGGAUAAAUUUGGCGUGACGGCACUACACAUGGCGGCCAGAAGAGGCCACUUCGAGUGUGCGAGGCUGCUCGUCUUGGCCGGGGCGGACCUGGAUAUUCGGGACGUCUACAUGAGAACGCCUAUACACGGAGCUGUGGUCGGCGGGAGCUCGGACAUUGUCAAAUUAUUUCUGGAUUCUGGGUGUAACUACAAUGCUCUCAACGAUGCUUCCUUCACGGCCAUGCACGUGGCGGCCUUAAUGGGGAACGAGAAGGCUAUUCAAGAGCUCGUGCAGGCUGGCCUUAAGCUGGAGGAGCAGGAAGUACCUGGUUUGUCCCCGGAGGAGGUGGCGGAGGCCUGGGGUAAACACAACACCGCCUGGCUUAUUCGCAAAAUGGCCAAGCGCAGAGACAAGAGAGCGCGCACCCCUACCACCACCCUCAUGGAGAGGAGCUUGAUGGAAUAUGAGACAAGAGGGAAUGAUACCCUAAAGUGGGCACAGGAAGGCAACGUAAUUAAUUUUAUAGCCAAUGCUCCCCAUUUACCUAACGAACCCGUUUGCAAAGGUGGUAUAGACUUCCAUUACCAAGAUGCCGAUGGUCUCACAGCCCUCCACUGGGCGGCCAAGUUGGGCCUCAAGUCCAUUGUGUUGAAUUUAAUGGAGUUCUCUGGGGCCCUACCUACUGCAGUGACCUUUGACGGCAUGACCCCUGCUGACCUGGCCAGGCAGGCGGGUCACACUGAACUAGCCAACACCAUCACGGAGAUUGCUCAACCUCCUCAGGCAGGCGCGUCCGCUCCAGCGCUCUACAAGGAACUUCUGAUGGUGAUCAGCGCUGGUGACAACGUUGAGAAAGCCUCCCGGCUGCUGCGCUCAGGAGCGCCCCUCGAGCCCGUGGGGGACUUCUACACCAGCGCCCUCGUCCUCGCCGUCACCUGCAACAGGCCGUUGAUCCUGAGUCUUCUGGUGGCAGCAGGAGCACCACUCACCACCUGCUCGGGGGGCCUCUCCCUCCUCCAGCUGGCCUGGCGUUCACACGACGUUACCAUCCGGCUAAGAAUCCUAAUGACCAGAAACUUCCUGCACACACUCCAGAUAGAAAGGCGUCGCCUUAAGCCACAAGACUUUGCUCUUCGGGAGGGUAUUGACCACCUCGUGACGAGUCUGAGAAGUGAGACCCCUUGGCAGACCAGCUGGCCCCUUCAGGCAGACACUGACCUCACCUCACUCAUGGUCUCGGCUGCCACUAAUAACUGCCCUCUGACAGCAUCCUUCCUGAGGCAGGCGGGAGCCAAGUCCUUCCUGCAGGACCAGUCCGGCAUCACUCCUCUGCACGCGGCGCUGGACGCCCACCACUGGGACCUCGCCAGGUUGAUGGUCAAGCACAUAGGAGCCUGUCUCUACAUCCCGGACUCCUCAGGCAGGCUUCCCUUGGACAUGCUGCCCGCACACCAUAGAACACAGGUGGAGGAGAGCAUUUAUCAGCAAGAGAGACAACAAUUAGAAGAUUUGAUAGAGAAGGUCAAGGAUAAGGAAGAGAAAGACCAGCUUCACGAGGUUCUUGACCAGUAUGACUCUUUGUUUGCAAGUUACCGAACGAAUUCUCCAUUGAAUAAGACUCGUCUUCCUUCCGAAGCUUCAGCACGAGAACGCGCCGUCAACUCAUACGGUCUUCUGGUAUCUUGCCGGCGAGGACUUCUGCAGCUGGUAUAUCUUCUUGUCACCGUAGGAGGCCUUGACGUAGAUACAGUGGUCGACGAUACCCAUGACUCUACUGCUCUCCAUCAAGCUGCCGCCCAUGGCAACUCAGGGUGCUUGGUUCUGCUCCUAAGUCUUGGAGCAUCUGCUCUGAAAGCAGACCGAUACGGACAUACGCCAUCCCACUUUGCUGCCAUGUUUGGUCAUGGCACAACUUAUCAGCAGUUAGAGGUGUUCCUGGAGGACAAGCAGCCUGUCAGUGCUGCGGGAGCAACCCCAGCUGGUGUUAACUCUAACUUUACAGGCUACUUGCACCGCUACAUGAAGACUGAAGUCGAGCCCGAAGGCGUUCUGGUUUUCAAAAAGCCCUCCGAAGGAAUCAAAGAGCUCCUAAAUCUUGUUAAUAUUAGAGACAUGGCAAGUCAACUAAGUGACAUCAGUGUUGACUUCACUAAAGGUGAAGCUAAGGAGGUCAGGGAGGUCGUGACCCGAGAGGUCCAGCUUAUAAUGAACAAAGUGAGUGCUGCUGACAGUCUAUACGAGGGGAAGCUAACCACUGUAGGAAGUACAUCAGACGGCACACGCCUCUAUGCACCAGAUGAGUUCGACUUAAGCGUUGUGUUGUCAAACGUUCCUGGAAUUAAAGUGGAAAUAAUUGAGUUGGACCCUCAACAAGCUGCUCUGAAUGGACACAGAUUGAGAGUUCGUGUCAAGACAGACCAUCCAAGUCUUCAAGGGAAGACUUUGAUAAAUAACUUCUAUGAGUUAGUAAGGAAGUGUUUGGAGAUUCACACUAUCGAGAGCAGUCAGUUGAGCCUUGUGCCGCCAGGAGUGACCAGAACUCAGGUAGGUGUGGCACUGACACUUGCCUGGCAGGGCAAAGAGUAUCCUCUUUUGCUGAUUGGCAUAGACUUGGUUCCUGUAGUGGCUAUCCCCUGGCCAGCAGAGGUAAGCAGACCCCCACUGACUCCUGCUAACAUCAGUCAAGUGUAUCUGUGUAACACAGCCGACGGGGAGUGGCGUUGUAGCUUUGCUGGAGCCGAGGCAGAAGUCCUGAGCCAACUGGACUCCCAGGAGCGCCGGGUCUAUGUGGCCUGCAAGACUCUUCUCUCUCACCUGAAGGCUGAGCCCUGGAUGCCUCGAGAAGUAAAGGCAAACUAUACUUGGUGGGAUUCACGCAAGUGGAAAAUCAUGAUCCCAGCGGGAUUUGCUGUGAAGAACAGCUUCCUAAAUCAGUUGCAACGCAAACGCGAGGAGAAGAGAGAGUGGCGAGACGAGGACCUCUUAGACGUGAUCAUCACCAUCUUGAGAGACAUGUGUCAAGACUUCUGUGACCCAACAACCAACAAAGAAUCUUUAGUACCAUCCAAAGUUUACGCUUAUUUUGGUGGAGAGUUUGAGAAGCCCAAGACAGGAGAAGGUGCUCCUGAGAUUAUUAAGGUUCUCAAAGAACUAGGGUCAACAUCAUAGAGGCCUGGACAAAAUUACAUUUUUUUCAGGAUUCUUUUUUAGAAAAGAAAGCUAAAAUCCUGGAACUUUUGGAUGUUUCCCGGUAGUGUGCAGUACUCGUUAUUUUAUUUAGUUUAAGAACAGCUCUUUUUGCUGUGCUAAAACCAGUUAUGAAAUUAAUACUCAUAAUCCUGUAUGUUAUGGUAUCCUCUCUUCGAGAGGUUGCCUUAACUUUCACCAGUGAACUUUUUAACUUCAUAUGAAGUUGUGCCGUAAUCAUCAGCUUGACCUAUUUCAUUAUAGGCACUUUCAAUGUGGGGUGUUACGAGUUAUAAGUUCACGCAAGAGGAUGAUUUAUAUAUAUAUUCAAUCUCAUAUUUUUCUGCAUUAUCGAUAUUUGCAUAUUAAGGCUACAGCAACAUGUAGGCCUAACUUACAGGCAAGUGGUGAUGCAUUUGAUCAGUAACCUGCAAUGACAAGCUUGGAUAUAUUAUAAGGAUAUCCUCAUAAAUACCAGAGUACUUAAGGUAUUUAAGAAGUUCAUCCUGGCUGGUCUGAAGGGUGUAAUGACUAGACAUUCAAUGAUGAGUGUGUGUCAAUGAUGUGAGAGUGUCAAUGAUGUGAGUGUGUCAAUGAUGUGAGUGUGUCAAUGAUGUGAGUGUGUCAAUGAUGUGACUGUGUCAAUGAUGUGAAUGUGUCAAUGAUGUGAGUAUGAGAUCGACCCAUCCUCCAGAAAUCAUAGUUCUUAUAGUAACUAUUUGGUGGAACUUAUCAAUAUGUAGUGAUGGACCGCCAGUAACCUACUUUUUAUACUAUUAAUUUUUUAUAGUCUAAAAAAAGUUAAAAAACAAAACAAAGUUAAACACUCCUAGGUCUAUUAUAGCAUAUAUUUGUACUAUAUUAGGCCCAAGAUAACGUGUAUUAGGCCUAGGAUUGCUAGGAGAGGUUAAGUUUGGUCUUACAUCUACGAUGCACUAAAAACAAAAUUCCUGUUUGUCCAAAUUAAACUAUACAAAAAGUCGAUUUUCCGGUAGUCCAUCACUACGUACUGGUACUUUCCACCAAAUAGUUAUUAUAAAUAACACACAGAAAUCACAAUAGCGUGACGCAUCAAAUGAACAAAAGUUCGAACCUCUCGGACGUAGGUUCGAACACUCGUCACGGCCCUUGUGGAUUUAUUUAGUUAUUAUAAAUACUUUCAUGUUAGGAGAAUGGGCCGACGAGAUCGUGACUCAGAUCCAGCUCACAGAGUUUGCACCUGGAGUGCUCGGACUGGGAGAUCCGUCACCUGUAGCCACCUACCAUAUAUAACGGUGAACCCAAUCACUAAGUCGCGCUCUGUCGAUCUCAUUAGAAAACUGAUUACUAUAAGACGGUUGACAACCCACAUCGAAUAUAUUCCUAAGGAAUGAAACUUUAAAGGAAAUUGUGAAAAAGUGCUAUAUGCCAGGAUGACUAUGUAGAGCUCUUGAGCUCUUGAGGUGCUUCCGGGGCUUAGCGUCCCCGCGGCCCGGUCGUCGACCAGGCCUCCUGGUUGCUGGACUGAUCAACCAGGCUGUUGGACGCGGCUGCUCGCAGCCUGACGUAUGAGUCACAGCCUGGUUGAUCAGGUAUCCUUUGGAGAUGUAGGUGCUAGGAUAUGUGGCAUAUAGAUAUUCGAGGCUGUUGGGAUGUAAGUGCACUUUUUGUUUUGUUCUAUUGGUCAUCAAAGUAAGUGGUUGGUUGAGUUCUUGUAGCAUCCCGCAGAGCUUCACGUUAUUGCUGCUGCUUUGUGGACACUCUACUUCUGCAUUGCUCUGCCUCAUAACCCCACGGACCUUGGGGGAGAUUGAACGUCGACCUGUAGAAAGCGAGGCGGUCGUUAUACCGCCCAAUAAAAGUGAAUGAACUAAAAUACUCUAUAUAAACGAAGUACUCUUCUAUAAUGAGUAUAGAAGUACUAUAUAUUCUUGAAAUACAGUGAAGUACGCUAUUAUAAUUUCAAUUAUUCACAAAUACUUGUCUAUAAACUUAACGUAGUGAAGAUGAAGUAUUUCAAUCGUCAAAUUCAAUGUAUGAUUAAGCUUCGUUAAAUACUAAUCUAGGGUUUGGAUUUUUUUUUGUAAAUCCGAUAAGCUUUAAGUCAGCUGUCACUCAAGUACCUUUUCCUGUUGUCACUCAAGCAAUUGAAUAGUUUAUUAUGCAUCUUGCCCUACUUUACAAUUUAAUUUAAAACCAAUUAUAUUCUAGUGAGUCAGGAUGGUCCAUUUUACAAUUUUUUCUUGGUUUCUUAGUUUCCAUGUAUAUAAUCUACUGAUAUAUGAUACACGUGUCUAUUGUUUAUAUUCUUAGUUAAUAUAGGAUACACUUGUCUUUUGUUUAUAUGUUUAGUUGAUAUAUGAUACAAGUGUCUAUUGUUUAUAUUCUUAGUUAAUAUAGGAUACACGUGUCUGUUGUCUACUGUUUAUAUUCUUAGUUGAUAUAGGAUACAAGUGUCUAUGGUUUAUAUUGUUGAUAUGGGAUACACGUGUCUAUUGUUUAUAUUGUUAGUUGAUAUACGAUACAUGUGUCUAUUGUUUAUAUAAUAAGAGGUUACGGGAUGCACGUUUCUAUUGUUUACAUAAUCAGCUGAUAUAAGAAGCACGUGUUCAGUAUUUUUGAUAAUUCUCCAAGUUAAUCCUCAGACCACUGUUAUCUGAGAUACGGCAUUUAGAAGGUUAAUUACGCGUGUCGAGCUUCUAGCAAUGAUGUGGUUAGAUUGUAAACCUUGAUAUUAACCCCACAUGCACCAUAUCCAAGGGUUGCGUGUGUAAAUAGGACCUUUUUUUUAUAAAGGACAAUUGGUUAUCUAGGGGGGUCCACAGAUCAUCAUAGGGAAAAUUUACCCCUUUUUAGAAGAGUGACACUUGAUUUACAAAAAGAAAAGCUUCAUAUGGUUGCCAUUACUCUGAAAACACAUACGAAUGCCCCUCUUUCACAUAUGGUGUACUCCCGUUAACACAUCAAAUGUUUCUGUGCUUAAAAUUUAAUUUCAAAUGUGUUCCUUUUGGACCUUCUGCCCUGGGUCAUGUGGAUCGAUGCGCUCUCUAGUUUGUGUAUGUUGCAAGGCUGCCUUAGUGGCUAGAACAAUCUUGGAACAUAGACACUCUAGAGAAAACAUGGAACACACACACACACACACACUAGAGCAACCAUAGAACAAACACACUAGAGCAACCAUGUUGAUUUAGGAUACAAGUGAUAUAGGAUACACACACACACACUAGAGCAACCAUGUUGAAUUAGGAUACAAGUGAUAUAGGAUACACGCACACACACACUAGAGCAACCAUGGAACAUAUACACAUUAGAGCAACCAUGGACCAUACACACACUCUUGAUCAACUAUGGAACAUAUACACUUUUGAGCAACCAUGGAACAUAAACACAUUUGAAUAGCCUGUGAAAAUAUACACUCCAGAUCCACCUUGGAAAAUAUACAUAAUAAAGAAAGUAGAGUUGAGGGGAUAUAAACUCGUUGAGAACCAUUGGUUUUAUUGGUUCAUUUUGUGUAUCUCCUCCUGGUGCACCAUGGUUUCAUACAUACUAAAAAAUGUCAAUAAAAAUCAAUAUAUUUGUAAAGUAUAUAUAUAUGAAAGGCAUGAGUUUUUAAUGUGAUAAUUUUCAUUAUCUAUGGAGACUUUUGUACCACAGUUUAUAUAUCAUUAUAGGUUAUAUGUUUCUUUUGGUUACAUGUUACUUUUGUUUAUAUAUUUCUAUUGUUUAUAUAUUUGAUUUUUUAUAUAUUUCUAUUGGUUAUAUAUUGCUUUUGUUUAUAUAUUUCUAUUUUUCACAUUUGUUUAUUGUUUAUAUCUAUCUUUUGUAUAUUUCUAUUGGCUAUAGAAUUAUGUUCAUAUAUUUCUAUUGUUUAUAAAUUUUUAUUAGUUAUAUAUUGCUAUUGGAUAGGUUACUGUUGUUUUAGAUUCAGCUACUCGCAACAAAAGUUCCAAGUAGCACGGGCUAUGGUGAGCCCGUAGAGGUAUUUCUGUUGUUUAUAUAUUUCUGAUAGCUAUAUAUCAUUGUUUGUUAUCGGAUUUUAUUAGUAAUAUAUUAUUAUUAAUAAAACAACCAACUUUGAGAGCAACAACAGCGUGUU